CUGACGCUGAUGAAAUAGCUCACCGGCUUGAGUUAUAGCUUCUUUCCAUUUCGCGGGAUUGCAAUUACAUUUUGAACCUUCUGAUGAUAGUUGGAUCUUUUAUCCCUUCCGUUUCACAUUUCAGAAAAUUUGCUUAUAAGAAAUAAAAUUCCAGAGGAAAGUUGGUGAGUUCUACUUAAUGAUGGAAGAAAGUAAACCACCCCAAAUAGACGAGGACUUUCCUCCAGAAUUAUUGGAGUUCAUCGGACAAAAGAAAAAGAAGAAAGUCAGAUUUCUACCUGUUGGAUUGGAUUCUGUCGAAACUGUUAAAAAAGACAGUGAGAUUAUUUCAAAUGACAGUCCCGAUGAACCUUCAGCACUUAAUGUGGAAGACGACUUGAGUUUCCAAAGUUUGAAAAAGAAGAAGAAAAAAAAGAGAAGCAAUAUCGACGAAUUGCCAUCCUCUAUUGCCGAUUCUGUUUCAAGCACAAUUGAUGCAAUUGAAAUUUCAUCUAUGCCAACAAGUACCGACAACGAUGCUGACUACACAUACGAGUCCCUCCUUAAACGAGUGUUUGACAUCAUGCGAGAGAAGGAUCCGAACAGGGAUGUCGAGUGUAAGAAGAAAUUAAUAAUGAAACCUCCCCAAAUUCUACGAAUCGGUACAAAAAAAUCUUCUUUCGUUAAUUUCAUCGAAACGUGCAGACUUCUCCAUCGCCUUCCUCAACAUGUGCAAUCCUUUCUCCUAGUGGAGUUGGGCACCAGUGGAUCCGUGGACGGUAAUAACCAACUCAUAAUAAAAGGGAGAUUCGAUCAGAAACAGAUCGAAAGUGUUUUGAGAAGUUACAUCAAAGAAUAUGUCACUUGCCACACAUGUCGCUCUCCCGACACAAUAUUGCAAAAAGACACUAGGCUGUUUUUCCUACAGUGCGAAUCUUGCGGGUCUCGAUGUUCAGUAGCAAGUAUAAAAUCUGGUUUCCAGGCUCUCACUGGCAAACGAGCAGCUAUGCGAGCUAAAGCUACUUAAUAUCGUUUUUUUAUUUUUUUUAAAUAUAUUUCACAUCAUCAUCUUGUAAUUUUAAUAUUAUUUGCAUCUUUUGUCAUGUUGAAGGUUAUUUUAAUAAAUUAUAAUAAUGUUUAA